UUUUCUUGUCAAGCUCAGCUCUCUCUAUCUCUCUCUGGGCCCCUCUCCCAAAACAAAAACUUUCAACUCCACCAUCUGCAAGUAUCACAAAUCUCGCCCCGAAUCUUCCAAAUUUUUUCAAUAAAGAAAAAUUAAUUACUUCAUAAUUUUUGAAAAUUUUGGGGGUUAAAGAUGAGUUCGAGCUCGGAUUUGGUGGGUUUUGUUGAAUCUGUAUUGGGAGUGUCGUUAGGCGGUACGGUAACGGAUUCCAUGAUAGUGAUCGCUACGACGUCGUUGGCGGUGAUUCUGGGGCUUUUGGUGUUCUUCUGGAAAAAAUCAGCUUCUGAACGCAGCCGUGAUGUGAAACCGUUGGUAGCUUCUAAGCCUGUUUCACUUAAAGAUGAUGAAGAUGAUGACGCCUUAAUUGCUGCCGGUAAAACUAAAGUUACCAUUUUCUACGGCACCCAGACGGGGACAGCUGAGGGAUUUGCUAAGGCUUUAGCAGAAGAGAUCAAGGCAAGAUAUGAGAAGGCAGCUGUAAAAGUUGUUGACCUGGAUGAUUAUGCUGUGGAUGAUGAACAAUAUGAAGAGAAACUCAAAAAGGAAACUUUAGCCUUUUUCAUGGUUGCCACUUAUGGUGAUGGGGAACCAACUGAUAACGCUGCUAGAUUUUACAAAUGGUUUACUGAGGGAAAUGAAAGGCAGCCUUGGCUUCAGCAACUCACGUAUGGUGUCUUUGGUCUGGGUAACCGUCAAUAUGAACAUUUUAAUAAGAUCGCAAAGGUGCUUGAUGAGCAACUUUCUGAACAAGGUGCUAAACGUCUUAUAAAUGUUGGUCUUGGUGAUGAUGAUCAAUGUAUUGAAGAUGAUUUUACUGCAUGGAGAGAAUUGCUUUGGCCAGAGUUAGAUCAAUUGCUUAGAGAUGAAGAUGAUGAAAAUACUGCCUCUACCCCAUAUACAGCUGCUAUCCCUGAAUAUAGAGUAGUGAUUCAUGAUCCUGCUAUGAUGCACAUCGAGGAUGAUUACUCAAAUAAGGCAAAUGGGAAUGCUUCAUAUGACAUCCACCAUCCAUGCAGGGUUAAUGUUGUUGUUCAGAAAGAGCUGCACAAGCCUGAAUCUGAUCGCUCCUGUAUACAUUUGGAGUUUGACAUAUCAGGGACUGGGAUCACAUAUGAAACUGGAGAUCAUGUUGGUGUUUAUGCUGAUAAUUGCAUUGACACUGUUGAGGAAGCUGCGAGAUUGUUGGGUAAACCUCUGGAUUUGAUAUUUUCUAUACACACUGACAAUGAGGAUGGUACACCCCUUGGAAGCUCAUUGCCACCACCUUUUGCCAAUCCAUGUACACUUCGAACGGCAUUGGCACGAUAUGCAGAUCUCUUAAACCCACCACGGAAGGCUGCUUUGAUUGCCUUGGCUGCUCAUGCCACUGAACCCAGUGAAGCUGAAAGGCUUAAGUUCUUAUCAUCACCGCAGGGAAAGGAUGAGUACUCACAAUGGAUUGUCGGCAGUCAGAGAAGUCUUCUUGAAGUUAUGGCUGACUUCCCAUCAGCAAAACCUCCUCUUGGUGUAUUUUUUGCUGCAAUAGCUCCUCAUUUACAGCCUCGUUAUUAUUCUAUCUCAUCCUCCCCUAGGUUUGUACCCCACAGGGUUCAUGUAACUUGCGCUUUAGUUUAUGGUCCGACUCCAACUGGAAGAAUUCACCGGGGCGUGUGUUCAACAUGGAUGAAGAAUGCAGUUCCGCCGGAGAAAAGCAAUGAUUGUAGCCGGGCUCCUAUUUUUAUAAGGCAAUCUAAUUUUAAGCUACCAGCAGAUCCUUCAAUUCCAAUUAUCAUGGUUGGACCUGGGACUGGAUUGGCACCUUUUAGAGGAUUUCUACAGGAAAUAAUGGUCCUUAAAGAAGAUGGUGCAGAACUUGGUCCAUCUAUACUCUUUUUUGGAUGUAGGAAUAGGCGAAUGGAUUUCAUUUACGAGGAUGAGCUCAAUAACUUUGUUGAACGAGGUGCCCUGUCUGAGCUUAUUGUUGCAUUCUCGAGAGAAGGGCCACAAAAGGAAUAUGUUCAACAUAAAAUGAUGGGUAAAGCAGCACAUAUAUGGAACCUAAUAUCUAAGGGUGGAUAUCUUUAUGUAUGUGGUGACGCCAAGGGCAUGGCAAGAGAUGUUCAUCGCACUUUGCACACAAUUAUUCAGGAGCAGGAAAGCGUGGAUUCAUCAAAGGCAGAGUCUAUGGUAAAGAAACUCCAGAUGGAAGGACGAUAUCUUAGAGACGUUUGGUGAUGGCUGCUCAUUUUCAUUUUAUCCAUAGACCAAGAUGGUGAUGAAUUUAUUUCAUCGAGAUUUCUUUCACCAGUUCCUGCGAGUAAAAACAGCCAAUUUGACAGUGAUAGCAGAAAGCUAAACUGUUUUUCAUAUUGUAAGAAGAGGCUUCAAUUGCAAGAUGUUAAUCUACCUUGUUUUUUAUUUUAAACUUAAUUAAUACUCUUAAAUAGAAGGCUCAUUUAUUUUUGGACUUGCUCUUUCAUUUAAAGUUGCUAUAGGGGAACAGUGGGCAGCUAGUUACAGAGGAUGUGAACAAAGUAGUCAAAGCUGUUUGUAGGUUAUUUUUUCGAUUUA